UGGAUGCGUCUCCCUGUCAGACAUGUGAGGCGCAUCAUGGCCACACAGCCCCUCAGGAGCCACGCUGCUCUGUUGUUGUUGCAGUGACUUUUCGGGGGGCCAAUGUUCAACUGUACAGGAGCUCUAAGCCAAAUCCUCCACCAUCAUCAUCAUGUUUUCAUCGGCGCAGGGGGAGGAAGGGUAGGAAGGGAGGGAGGGCUGACUGCGAGGCGAAGUGGGGGGAGAGAUAGAGAGGCACCGGGCCUAGUCGCCACAUCUUUUCAUGAGAAGAAGCUGCGCCGUUAAACCACCCGUUUUUGGUUUCCCAAACCAACUCCGGCCCGGGCCUCAGUCCGCGGUCUCGAGUUUGAUAGCGGGCUGUUAAAGAGGAAGGCACCGCGGCUGAUCGCUGCCAACCAGCCACCAUCAUGGGAGACAGCAGAGAUUCUCGCAGUCCGGACAGCUCGUCCAUGUCUUCCCCUCCGUCGGGCCAGCGCUCCCCACCGCUGGUUCCCUCAGCAGCUUCCAUGACUUCACUGCCACCCAUCACCACCACCGGGGUCAACAGCCCCAUCAGCAGCAUUGGCUCGCCUUUUUCUGUUAUUAGCUCAUCACUGGACUCGCCCUGCCUCCCCGGCACACCGUCUGUGGGAUACGGCCCGAUUAGCAGCCCCCAGAUCAACUCAACAGUGACCAUGUCAGGGCUCCAUGCAGUGAGCAGCUCCGAUGAUGUGAAACCUCCUCUUGGCUUGAAGCAGCUCUCUUCCCACAGCCCAGGCCCCAUGCUUUCCCAGAAACGCCUUUGUUCCAUCUGCGGAGAUAGAUCCUCUGGGAAGCACUACGGCGUCUACAGCUGUGAGGGCUGCAAAGGCUUCUUCAAGAGAACGGUGCGAAAAGACCUGACCUACACCUGCCGGGACAAUAAAGACUGCACGGUGGAUAAGAGGCAGAGGAACCGCUGCCAGUACUGCCGCUACCAGAAAUGCCUCGCCAUGGGCAUGAAGAGAGAAGUGGCCAAGAUGAACAACAGAUCUGUCCAGGAGGAGCGGCAGAGGAACAAGGAGCGCGAAGGCGAGGUGGAGUCUACCAGCGCGGUGAAUGAGGAGAUGCCGGUGGAGAAGAUUCUGGAGGCAGAGAUGGCUGUGGAGCAGAAAACGGAGCUUCAUGCAGAUGGAAGUUCAGGCGGCAGCUCUCCCAAUGAUCCGGUUACCAACAUCUGUCAGGCAGCAGACAAGCAGCUCUUCACUCUGGUGGAAUGGGCUAAGAGGAUCCCUCACUUCUCUGAGCUUCCUCUGGAUGAUCAGGUCAUCCUGCUCCGUGCAGGCUGGAAUGAGCUCCUGAUUGCAUCGUUCUCCCAUCGCUCCAUCUCUGUGAAGGACGGCAUUUUACUGGCCACCGGCCUUCAUGUCCACAGGAACAGUGCCCACAGCGCCGGGGUUGGAGCCAUCUUUGACAGGGCGAACAAUGCUGAGGUUGGGGCCCUAUUUGACAGGGUUCUGACAGAGCUUGUUAGCAAAAUGAGAGACAUGCAGAUGGACAAGACAGAGCUGGGCUGCCUCCGUGCUAUCAUUCUCUUUAACCCAGAUGCCAAGGGUUUAUCCAACCCCAGUGAGGUGGAGCUCCUCAGAGAGAGAGUGUAUGCGUCUCUUGAAGCUUAUUGCAAACAGAAGUACCCGGAUCAGCAGGGCAGGUUUGCUAAGCUCCUCCUCCGACUCCCAGCACUGCGCUCCAUCGGUCUGAAGUGCCUGGAGCAUCUGUUCUUCUUUAAACUGAUCGGCGACACGCCCAUCGACACCUUCCUGAUGGAGAUGCUGGAGGCGCCUCACCAGCUGACUUAAGGGAGCCGCGUACAGACCGGUCAGGAUCCGACGCACACCAGGAUGACCCCCCCAUGACCUCCAGCGUCUGCUCGCCGGCUCCUCCUGUUGGGCCUUUCUUAACUGCAGCACCUGCUGGUUUUAAUGUACCAGCUUUUACACACAGACACACACACGCACACAUUUCCUGUCACCACGCUUAAUUAUCCGUUCAGACAUUCAUGAAACUGGACACACGAACUGAACGAUCUAACAACCCCCACAGAAAAGGCUUGAAGUUAAUAUUUGCUAAUGCUAACACACACGCAUGGAUUUUCACUUGUUUUCCAUAAUCGGCUUUCUUCUCCGAUGGCGUCGACUCCGGGAAGGAUCCCACACAUCCAGGAAAUGUCUUAAUCUAUGUUAGACUUCAGUUUUCACACCUUUCAUCUCACAGUGGGAUUUUUGCUUCUGCAUAACUGGUGUUUUUUUUCCUCCUUUGGUUCCUUACAGCCUCUUCUAGCUGCUCUGUCUGUCAGAAGGAGCUGGUUAGUUAUUAGUUGAUGAUUUUAGCUGGAGAUCAGAUGCGUAGCAUUUGAAUCCACCAUCCAAACUAAAUCUUCUUUAAAGAACAUGCAAACACAUCAUCAGAGCGAAUUUAUUCAAUCAGGUAAACAUAGUAUUGUUUUUGUUUUUUUUCUUGAUAUGCUGACACUUGCUCGAGUUUCUAUUUUUGAAGUACUGUACUCAUAAAAUGAGCGCUUUUUAAGGCAUUGAAAUCCAGGAAAAGAGGGCUGGGAGCGCUCUGUUUACGGAACAGAGUCCCUCCAACCCUGAUGCGCACAGCGGGCUUCGUUAGAAAGGAAGAAUGACUUGAAUUAUUUUGUUUUUAUUUUAUUUCUAAGUUUAGAUUUUUAUCUCCAACUUUGAGGAUGUUUGGCAUUUUAAGACGCUUGAAGCUUACAGGAAGUAAAGCUUCAUGGAAAGUUGAAAAAAAAAAAAGUAUUUGUUCCUGUUCUAUCCCCCACCUCCCCCGCCUGGUGGUCAUUGAUGCACUUUUGUGAGUUGUAACUGUGUAAAUGUACCUCUCCCCUAAAAAUGACCACCUGCCCCCCCCUGAACACCUGAGAUGAACUUGAAGGUACUAAGUGUAGGGUUUCCUCAUUACGUCCCAUGAAUGAUUGUUUUUUCCAGGGCAGAUGUAAGCCACGCCGGGGAAUUGGAACUAGCAACUUUCCUGGUUGUUGAUGAGAAUCUGCCCUAACGACCAAACCAGCUCUGAUCCAGCGAGAGAGGAAAUCGUUUUCUGAUCCCUCUAAGUAAUCAUGUAUAUAAUCAGACAGAGUGUGUGGUCAGAUCGCCUGACCUUUGACCUUUAAAGUGUCCUUGGACCGAAUGCUUUGGAUGUUUAACUGAUGUGACUCCGCUCUGCUCCGUUUGCUUAACCAGGAGCUGAGCGCUUGUUUUUCGUAAAGAAUCGGGAGCAGAGCUGGAAAUGGAAACAGAAUUAAUGAGAAAGUCAGGAAAAGUAUAUUUUAAUCCCCCCCGUUGACGGCAUGGACCUCGGUGAAACUGCAGAUGUUUCACAGAACUGGUCGGCUGUAGAUGGAUAAACUAUGAACCGAUGUUUGGAUUACAUCUUGAGCUGUAAUCUGCUCCACCGUGUGAUGAAAAUCCUACACCUACUACCUGUGGAUUUGGACUUUUCUGUGUGUUGGCUUGAAUCUUUUGUACAAUAGCUGUAAAUAAUACCAAAAAAAAGAUGUUGUGCAGAAACAAAGGCCUGCUCACACUUGGAGUAAAACAUGUGGCUUCGAAAAAUUUAAACUUCUAUUUUCUGCUUUUUUUUUUUUUUUUUCAAUUAAAACGUGACGUUUUUAUCUCUUGAAAUCACAAAAAACCUGAAACUGACCAGGGCCAAAACCACACCUCAUUGCUGCUUUUUGCACCAGCGUCUGCCAACGUUUCCUGUCCUUCCCAGUAACCCGAUUGGCUGGAUUCUUCUCGACAUUAUAGCACUUGAUGUUUACUGUGAUUUAAAGAAAAAAAAUUGUGAAGAAAAAAAAAAAGUCAAAUGCAGCUACGAAGCGUUGAGAAGAAAAAACCCUCCACACGCCCUCAAAAUGUGAGCAGCACCGGGGAGCACAGGCCUCCGCUCCCCCCCGGCAGAGUGUCGAUAAUCUAAAGUAUUCAGCUGCCUCCUUCGCCAACAGAUUUGAUAGAAAUCAGAACAUGUUUUGCAGUUUUCCUUCUCGUGAAGAGGUCCAGCUGUCCUCUUCCAGGUGCUAAAUCAUUAACCUGGUCUUUAAUGACCUGCACAUUCACAUCAAUGCAAAUACAGUAUGCAAGAACUCAGACAAAUCAGACGUAGAUCUAGCCUGUUCUCCAUCAGCUUUGUUGUCUUUAAGUAUAAAAUGUUCACCGGCCUCAUUCUGGUAGAGAACGACUUUUUUUCUUACGCUCAGACUCAUCUUUAGGGAGAUCCUAAUUGUUGGAAGCUAUCAGGUUCACAAUCUGAAGAUGAUGAGAGGAUCAGAUCCUGAUUCUUUGAACGUUCGGCCGACUUAUUGCUGUGAUGUGAGGAUUGCAGCUGACCUGUAAGAUUUACUCUUAAUAAUUUAGGAAAGUUGACCUUAGAGCGCUGCCUGGUUUUAGUUUUGCUUCCAUCUGUCAGAUGUUUGGUUUAAUUUUUGCUGUUUCCAUUAUUUGCAGAAAAGUCGGCUUCUGAUGACAGAGUAAAGAAAGAUGGAGGCGUGUUCAUAACCUCCACCCUCAUCAGGGUCUCAGUGCUUUAGGAUGCGGGAAAACGAGCCGAUGCAGCUUUGAGUCCUGAAGCCAACUGUUGGAAACCUGCUAGCAUAAAGUUUUUCCUCUCUUCUGUUGGAGCUUCCUGUCGUGAAUAAUUUAACGUGUUCAUAACCAGGGAUGAGGAUGAGAACAGUUACAGUUAUCUUGUAACACGCGCAUCGUGUUUAUUGAUCUGUUAUUUGGUGUUAAUUAGCAGUAAAGUGUUCUACAUCCCUCCAUUCAGCAGUCAUGUUUGUUUUUGCUUUAGGUUUCUAUAUUGUUUUCAAUAUUUAGCUGACAGCUUAGCUUCGGAAGAUUAUAAACACAGUGAUAAAAGCUAUGGAGCGGUGCAGGUUUUUAAGCUAGGCCACUGAGCAGGCAGGCGUUUACUGGCUGUGUGGCCAUGUUUUUAUGCAUAUUUUCAUUAAUCUGCAGCUUCAUGUUUUAACUGGCAGAAACUGUAACUCUGGCUGUGACACGCUGGGGGUCGUCAAGAAAAAAUCAGCCGGGAUGUUGAGCCGAAGCUUUAUUAAAAAUAAAAUCACCUCCUGGCAUUGUUCUGACCCAUCUCAGUUGCCGUAGCUGAAAGCUAGCAGCUUUGCGUUGGGAACCUUGCGGUUUCUGGACCGUUUGAGGAUGUGAAGCGUUUUGCUGAUGUGGGGGGAAACCGUAGAGAAGAGGAUUCAGAGCCGCCUGUUUCCUCUUUGCUUACUUUACUUGACGGCAGAGCUGCGACGAUCCGCGAUCACCGCCGCAUCGCACCGCCCCUCCCACAAAUGUUCGUCAUUGCGAGUGUGCACUCAAGGCAGACGCAUGCUGCCACCUGUUGACUGCGUAGCAGCAUUGCCGUCGCCAUCUUUGUUACAUUUUCUUGUGUUUUAUGAGUAGAGAUUUAAUCGAAAGGAUUUUUAUCUUAUUUUUUAUUAGACUGGGUGACCCGAUCAGACAGGGCGGCGCCGUUGUACCCCCUCAGAGCCGAGGCUGGUUCAACCGUAGAGGUUCAGAGUGAGCUAUGCAGCCUUCAGACCGUCACCCUCACAGUUCUCAAUCACUGCCAAGCUGUCUGCAGCCAUCUUUGUUCUUGGGCCACUCUGCCCUCUUCGUUUGUGUAAAUCGUGAUUCUUGUGCAGCACGGUGAAGACAGUGCUCUAACGCUAGCAUCAGUAGUUUCUGAACAGGGGCCCUAAUAGGAAUGGAAAUGGCAGCUUGUGUGGAGAGGGCUGGUCCUGGGCGAGGACCCCUCUGGGUGCUCAAGCUGAUCAUUUGGUGCUUUAUAGGGUCCCACGACCUGAUAACAAAUAUAUGAGAGAAAUGCAAAUAAGGAGUGAUUAGAUAGAGCCAGACUAACCCUGGACCUGAUCUUCUCUGGUUGGAGUGUGAGCGUAGUUGGGAGCUGUAGAAACUGUGGUUGUAGCUUUAGAGGAAGAGCAGAGAAGAAACCCAGACCAAGACGUGGCUACAGUGAAGGAACCCGAUAGAAAGGACUGAUUCAAAAUGGCCGCCCUCCUGAGGGACGGCGGUGUUUCUGGUUUUUGGCUACGUAAAGGUCUGCUGAGACAAAGAGGGAGGAAAGAAGUUAAACAAGAUGGAUCAGGUGUUCAGUUAUUGAUCAAGAGGAAAAACUGAAGAAAAAAAAUAUUUUCCAGUAGAUCUAGGAUCUUCCUUAAUCGUUUACUCUUCAUCUUAAAAAAACUUUCACAGUGUUUCUUUGUCUUGUUUCUCGUCUCCAUAAAUUCAACCUAUGCUAUCCACCGUUUCUUUACUACGAGUAUUAAAACAAAUGCAAGAACUGAAAAGAAA